GUCCACUCAUCCCCAUGCCCCCCUCAUUCUGAUCCUUUAUAAAUCAGCCACCCAGCAAGACAUUCCUUUCCAACCUCACUCACCUUGCUCUAGCUCAGCUAGCUCUUGCUGCUAGUAGCUUCAGCUUUGCUACUGCUACUACCACUACUACUACUACUACUUUCACCUCCAAGAAAGUAUAGAUUGCAAGAACAAUUUCUGCUGCUGUUGUUCUUUCUUGCUGUUCUUUCUCCUUGUGUAGUUGUGUGGUGUGGUUGAGCUGAGGUGUAGUUAGGACAGUGGCUGGCUUUGCUUGCUUGAUUGGUCACCUGGGAAGGUCGCUGUCUCUGCCUUUUGUUUUCUUUGCCAUCUCUUUCUUUCUGGGCUGCUUUCACCUUUUGCUUUCCAACCUCUUCUUGCCAUCAAUAAUGAUGGAGGAGUAAGAUGAGGGCUUGUUCUUGAAGUCUCUCCAAUCUAAUCUCAUUUCAUCUUCAUCAUCUCCACCCGGUCCAAAUCCACCUACUACUGUUUUUCUUUUGUCCCUUCUCUUUUUUUUCUUCCUCUGAUCUUUUCUUUUUUCAGGUGUUUUGUUUUUGGCAGUAGGUGCUUGCUAUCUUUUCAUUAGGCUUUGGAUUUUCCUCUCGUGUUCUUUAGUCUCAGCCUAUUAGAGGUUUGAGGAAAGUUUUCCAUUUCUUAGCUCUUUUUGCUUCCAGCUUCUUGGGAUUGCUCUGUUUCUUGCUGAGAAUUGGCUCGAUUUGGGAGGCCUCAUCUUGUGUUAGCUUUCAGGUUUUCUUGCCUGAAAUUGAACCGAUUGGGUAGGUUUUUAGGUGCUUCAGUUUCAGUUGCUAGCUCGUCAGGCUUGUUCUUGGGCUCCUGCCUUGAAUUGGGGUCAAAUUGGGAUGCUUCUGGGUGCUUUGAGGAUGGAGGAGAGGAAGGGAUUGAUGGGGAGGGAGAGGGAUCAAUUCCCCGUCGGCAUGCGGGUCCUCGCCGUCGACGAUGACCCGGUGUGCCUCAAGGUUCUUGAGACCCUCCUCCGGCGCUGCCAAUACCAUGUAACAUCAACCAACCAGGCUAUUACUGCGUUGAAGCUGCUCAGGGAGAACAGGGACAUGUUUGAUCUUGUCAUCAGUGAUGUCCACAUGCCCGACAUGGACGGAUUUAAGCUCCUUGAGCUUGUGGGGCUUGAAAUGGAUCUCCCAGUCAUCAUGUUAUCAGUAAAUGGAGAGACAAAGACUGUGAUGAAGGGGAUAACUCAUGGUGCCUGUGACUAUCUUCUAAAACCGGUCCGAAUCGAAGAACUAAGGAACAUAUGGCAGCAUGUUGUUAGGAGGAAGUUCGGUAAUCGUGAGCGAAACAAUCUUGAUUUCUCCAAAGAAUGCAAUAAGCCGCAAAGCGCGGAUACUGAUCAUGGACCAUACCAACCUACCUGUGGUUCUUCUGAUCAAAAUGGGAGGUCCAGCAGGAAAAGGAAAGAACUACACGGCGAGGACGACGAUGAAGGCGAUGAUAAUGAUUAUCAAGAAAAUGAUGAGCCCUCAGCUGCAAAGAAGCCCAGAGUUGUAUGGUCAGUUGAGCUGCACCGAAAAUUUGUUGCCGCUGUCAACCAGCUUGGAAUUGACAAAGCUGUACCAAAAAGAAUUCUUGAGCUUAUGAAUGUGGAGAAACUCACCAGGGAAAAUGUUGCAAGUCAUCUACAGAAGUACAGGCUUUACCUCAAGAGACUAGGUGCUGUAGCAUCACAACAAGCCAGCAUUGUUGCUGCCUUUGGAGGCAGAGAUCCCUCCUUCUUGCAUAUUGGAGCAUUUGAAGGACUCCAGAGCUAUCAACCUUUUGCACCUUCUGCUGCUCUUCCAUCUUUCAAUCCACAUGGCCUGCUAACCCGAACUAGCGCCGCCGCGGCUUUCGGACUUCAGGAGCUUGCUGCCCCCUCCAGCACAAUUCAGACUUCUACAGGAAAUGUCACAGUUGGCCAUUGCUUGGAAGAAAACCAGCAGGCAAAUCUAGCACAAGGCUUGACCGCGGCGAUCGGGCAACCUCAGCUUCAACAGAACUGGAUUCAUCAAGAAGGUAAUGGUCUGUCUGAUGUUUUUUCUGGGAGUUCUCUGACCAACACUUUGUCCAGCACACUCCAAAGAGUUCCAAGCAGUUCAUUGCCACCACAAGAACUCUUGGAGUGCAAACAAGCCAAAGUUAGCAUGCCGCCAUCGAUACGGAUACCGCCUUCUAGUUCAGCACUUCUUGAGAGGACUCUUGGGGUUUCCACCAAUUUGGGAGAUUCUAGUAUAUCCCAGCAGGGUGCUCUUCCAAUAGAUGGUGGAUUUUCUGCUGACAGGUUACCAUUGCACAGUUCAUUUGAUGGCGCUGUUGCAACAAAGCUAGAUACUAGUUUGGCAGCUUCACAGAGAGAGAUUGGCCAGCAGGGGAAAUUUUCAGUUAGCAUGCUUGUCUCCCCUUCUGACAAUCUUGCAUUAGCCAAAAAUGCCAAAACUGGAGCUAGUUCUUCUGGCAGUACUAUAAUUCUCCCUCUUGAUACUGCAAGACAUUCAGACUACUUGCAGUUCGGAGGUGCAAGCAAUUCUUUGCAGAAAAUGGAUGGACAGAAACAAGAUCAUAUACAGAGCUCAAACAUUAUAUGGAGUUCAAUGCCAAGCACUCAACUGCCAAGUGAUACCCAAAUUCAUAAUACUCAAAACCAAAGAUUGGACAGCGGAAGUUUUAACCAUAAUAUUGGUGCCCAUUUGGCUGACCAAACAAAUGCAAGUGCGUCAAUACUUCCGCAAAUGAAGUUUGACACAAGAAUAUCAGAAGAGAAAAUGAAGCAGAAGAAUACAUAUGACUUGGGUAGUUCAAAGCUGCAGGGUGGAUUUAAUUCUAGUGGCUGCAAUUUUGAUGGCCUUCUCAAUUCCAUAAUCAAAGUGGAGAAGGAUGAUCUCCCAUUCAUGGACAAUGAAUUGGGCUGUGACCUUUUUCCACUUGGUGCCUGCAUAUGAAUCCAUCAUUUCGGACACCAAAGAUUUUGCAUAAUCUAAAAGAGUCAGCUGUGCUGCCUGAUCUGUGCUACUUCAUCCAGGCUUUGUGUAUACUAGGAUCUAGGGACAGUAGUGGCUUGUAAUCUUGCUUUAUCUCUUCUCUAGGGUUGGCUAUGGAAGUAUGGUUAGAUCAAGAUAAGAAGAAAAUAUAAUGCUGUAAUGUCAGCGCCUUUUCUAGUCAAAAUCUGUGUUUGUUUCUAACCAAGCAACCACAUCUAGUGUUUGCUGCACCUUCUCAGACUGAAAAAAUAUGGAAACUCACCAUGGCAUAGAUAAAUCAAAAGGGAAGUCUUUAACCAUC